AACAUGAAGAUGGCGUAGGCAGCGCAGAUGGCGUCGCCGUCGCACAGAGGCUUCCGCGCAACCACAACUGUACCGAGCAGCAGCAGCGCGAUGGCCGACGUGUGCCCCUAUACCGGCAUACCGGCGACACUCACAGCCGUGCGCGCCUACUGCAGUGCGCCAAGCGCCGCGUGCUCUGUCGACGCCACCUGCACGCGCAGUGGCGCGAGCUUCGCCGUGACCGCGGCGACCCCUGCCUUUCGCAACGUCUCUAACGUCGGUGAUAUGACCGAGUGGCCGACCGACGUGCCCUUGCAAUUUGACACGUGCCCUGGCCUGCGCAUCGACCAAAUAAAGCUCCCGACCGCGCUGGAGGACAUACGCUUUCUGCAGUGUGACUGGACAACCGUCCCCGCUGCUUUGGUGUACCCGCCGUCGCUCCGCCAAGUGCACCUCAGUCGCAACCCGUUGACCGCCGUGCCAGAGGGUCUUCCGAGCGCUCUGGAUGCCUUAUACCUCGACGGGUGUCUUAUAACGACGCUCGAGCAGCUGCCGCCACGCAUCGGCUGCUUGUAUGUCGCCAAUACCCACGAACUCAUUCUCACGCAUUCGAUGCACAGACACCUCGAGAGCAAUCGCGUCUCGGCGCUGACCAGCGUGGACUUUGACGUUGAAAACCUGUACUUCGGCGAGCUGCCUGCUGCAAGCACCGUCUUGAACGACCGUCCUGGCAACCCCAUCGACACCAUAUACAACGUCACCUUCUCGGCGCGGCUGCGUCUUUUCGACUGCCCGCACUGCGCCAUCACCACCUUUGUCGUGAACGAAGCCACCUACGCUGUGCUGCAAGCCGCCACCUUGUCGUUCAAAAGCGUCACGUUCAACGCGACAGCGUGCAACGCCGUGCUCGGCCGACCUGCCGUCCUGCAUACUUGGUCGAUCUGCGUCCUUCCCACCCCCGAUGCAACAACGGACGGUCCAUCGACCGCUGUGCUCGUUCAGAUCGUCGCGGGGUGCCUCGUGCUUGUCAUGGCGGCGAUCUUACUUCUCGUGUGGCGUCGGCGCCGCCAGCACCGGCACUCGUCGACAGUGGUGUUUGAAGUCUACGACGACGGCGACGUGACGCCCGUCACCUCCAUGUACGAGCCGCGCGAGACGCUUGACUCGUGCUCGCUCAUUGUACCGGAGCUCGACACGAUCAAGCAUCUGCGUCUCGAGGCCAGUGACAUCCUCCUCCUCGCGCCCAUGAGUCAAGGCUCGUACGGCGAGGUGUGGCUCGCCCAGUACCAAAACGAGACGAUCGCGAUCAAGAAACCCAUGCCGUCCUUUCUCUCGGCCACCAACAUGCGACGCAUGAUCGGUGAGAUCUCGCUCCUCUCUCGCCUCUCGAGUCCCUAUGUUGUGACGCUUCUUGGCGCGUGCUGGAACCGACCCAUGGACCUUAUGAUGGCCAUGGAGCACAUGGACGGCGGCAACCUCCAAGGACACCUCGCGCGCCACAGCCAAAUUAGCUUGCCCUGGAGCUUCAAGCUCCAGAGCUUGGUGCAGAUUGCCGAGGCACUCGCCUACCUCCAUGCGAUACCAGUCGUGCACCGCGACCUCAAGUGCAAGAACGUUCUUUUGGACGAAAAGAAGGGCACCAAGCUCGGCGGCUUUAGCAUCUCGCGCGAGACGAGUGCGACCAUGACCUUGGGCGCCGGUGGACACCGCUGGAUGGCGCCCGAAGUGCUGCACGCGGCCGACUAUUCGACGGCCGUCGACGUGUUUUCAUUUGGCAUGGUGCUCACCGAGUGCGAUUCGCACCGCGCCCCGUACGAUAGGGAGAUGGACCCGGACACGGGCAAGCUCCUCGCCGAGGUCGCGAUCGCGCGCCGGGUGUCCAUGGGCGAGCUCACGCCAACGUUUACAAGCACGUGUCCAGCGUGGCUCGAAGCACUGGCCACCCGCUGCAUUGACUUGACACCGCAGAACCGACCGACAGCGGCGGAUCUCGUGUGCGAACUGCGAGUGCUUUUGGCGGCCGAGCGAUGCGAACACGACGGCGACGACGACGUGCGCAAGGACAGCCGCGACAGCCUAACUUAA